ACAUAAAAAUCAGUAAAAGUUAAGAUUUUCCCCCUUUUCAUGUCUGUGAUUUCUAGGUUUUCUAUUCCGCCAUUGCCGAGCUCCCGCGAACUCUUCUCCAUUGGCUCUGCUCUUAGAUAAUCUCAAUCCCCCAAUCAAACUCAAUCCCUCGAUUUCUCCACCCUUCAAUUGGAAAUAUUGUGGCUUUCUUGCUGAAUCCGUUUUUGUAGCAGUUCGAGUGAAGAAGAAGCUGGUUCAAAUGAGCAAGUAUGGCUUGAAUCUCAGGCCAGCAAAGCCUAAAAAACAGCUUCUAAGGCCUUCAAUUGCCCUUCCUUUUGGCUUUAAUGAAGACGAUGAUAAUAAUGUUGAGAGAGAAAUCGCUAUCCAAGCUAGCAAGACUAAAAGUCUCAAGGAUGUCGAGGAGCAGCAAAAGAAAGCCUUGGAAGAAGAUCCAACCAUAUUUGACUAUGAUGGUGUCUAUGACAAAAUGAAAGAGAAAGUUUCCCGUCCAUUGUUACAAGAUCGUGAAGAGCGAAAGCCAAAGUAUAUUCAAAACCUGAUUCAGAAAGCAAAAGAGCGAGAGCAGUAUCGUGAGAUUGUAUAUGAGAAGAAGAUUGCCAAAGAGAGAAGCAAAGACGAUCAUCUCUUUGCUGACAAAGACAAAUAUAUCACAGAAGCAUAUAGAAAGAAGCUUGCUGAACGAGAGCAACAGAUGGAACUGGAACGUCUAAGGGAACUUCAAGAGGAGAGAGAGGAUGUUACAAAGAAAAAGGAUUUUUUGGUUGAUUUUUAUACAAACCUUGAUAAAAAUGUUGCUUAUGGUGCAAAAGAUGCCCUAAGGAGAAAACACGACAAUCGAGCUGAGAAUAGAGUUCCAGAGACAACAGAGGAAAUGAACCCUGAUGCAUCAAGUCAGCACCAGCAUGGUAAUACAGAUGAGGAACAUUCAUUGGCUAAGGAAACUUCACCGGCAGAGUCUUCAGGGAAAAAGAUUGAGGACCAGGGCGAAACCUCCCAUCUUUCUAAUAAAAGUGCCAGUCCCUUGGAUAUGAAGCCAAAUCUUGCAGCUUCUUCAGAAGAAAAAAGUACUGUUGAAGAGCCGUCAGCUUCACAACCAAAUCCGGAGCAUCACAAAAGAAGUCAAGAUGCCGUGGCUGCGGCAAAAGAACGUUUUCUGGCUCGUAAACGAGCAAAGCAACAAUGAACAUAUCCCACCUGUUGCUCAGAGAUGUCUAGUUACACAUACAAGUCCUUUAGUCUUUUGUAUUUGAUUUAAUACCCAUAAUGUUAUGUUACCUUCAAUCCUAAGGAACUUAAAAAUCCUAGAAUGAACUGUUGCGCCCGGUUGUAAUGUAAGAUGUUUUGCCAAUUUUAUGGGUUUUCUCUCU